AGGCAGCAAAGAAACAAGCAAAGCAUAUUUUUAAGGGAAACGCUAGCGCACCACCAAAAGCGACAAAAGAAAAGCCCAAAAGACGCUGCCUGCAAACGCUGCCAACACCCCUUCAAAUGUGCAGCAGUUCCCUCCACCACCUCGCUCACUCGCCUCACCAACCAGCCCCUCUCCCGAGCUCCGCUGUUCAUUUCCCCUCCGUUCCCUUCUCCUCCCCCGCCCGUGCCCACCUGCUCCUUCGUUUCCAGAAUCCCAAGAAACCCCUUCCUCCGACCCUGCAGCUAGCGCUCGUCCAGUGCCACUGCCUGAGGCCUCAGGAAAAGCUUUGGAGCGGCCAAGGACGCAGCCUUUGACCCAUCACUGUUCAUCGUCCCACGGAAGCCAUGGCCAUGGCGGCCGCCGCGGUUGAGGCCUUCGACCCCGCGGCGCCGUCCCGGAUUCCGCUCCCGGCCACCCGGCAGGAGGUCCAGGCCGCCGUCGCCAAGGCAGCCGAGCUACGCGCGCUCCACGCCGCCCUCCGCCAGCGCGGCGCGCCCAAUGCCGGCGCCAGCCGCAGCCCUGCCACCAUCCGCCUCCCGCCGGCCGCGUCCCCCGCGCGCUCGAGGAUAGCGGCGGCGGCCGCGGCAGACGAGGACUACCCCGUGUUUACCCCGGCAUACGACGAGGAGCCCAUGGUGGCCGCCGGGCUGAACGACAUCUACCAGGACAACCGGAGCCGGUCGGAGAACUGGAGCGGCAUCGCCUUGGACCGUGACGGCGGCAGCGGCGAGGCGGCGGCCUACUCGGACUGCGACAACCACAACGGCGGCUUCUCUUCCUCCAACAGCGAGGUCCAGUGCUACGUCCCUUCUUCCAGCGAUCACCUCCGGAGCAGAGGCGCCUACAGGAUCCACCCGGCCUUCCUGCAGUCGGCGCCGCUGGCCGGCCGGUUCCCCGCGUCAACCGGAAGGGCGGGUCUCAAGGUGCCGGCGUCGGCGUGCAGCAGCAGCGGCAACGCGUUCCGGCCUGCCACGAUCGGCAGAGAUAAUAACCACGACAUGGGAGCUCUCAGGUUCCUCAGCAGCAAUAGCAGAGCGCCGCUGUCCUCGAGCCGCCAGCCCUCGGCGCACUCCAAGGCGAAACAGAAAGGGUCGCAGAUCUUCUCGUGGCUCUUCACCAAGGCCAAGAAGAAAGCCAAGCCGGAGACAACAACGGCUGCCGUCAUCGAACGCGAGAACAUGUCGCAGCUCCUCAAGGAGUGGGGGCUGCUCUCGCUCGACUCGCUCAAGAAAGAGCUCGCCGAGGCCAACGCGCACCGGGACGCCGCGCUGGAGGAUGCCGCCGAGAUGCGGUCCUCGCUAGGCGAGCUGACGAACAAGCUGAUGAGCGUGGAAGCCUACUGCUCGGAGCUCAAGAAGGCUCUCAGGCAAGCGACGGGCAACGACGGCACGCAGUCUCGUUCACGGCGAUCGUCGGCGAGGUCGAUCGGGUCGAGCCGGGAGCUCCCAAUGCCGGUCAGCCAUGAGGCCAUGGUGGAAGGGUUCCUGCAGAUCGCGUCCGAGGCCCGCCUGUCGGUGAAACAGCUCUGCAAGGCUCUGAUCCAGCAGGUUGAAGAACCUGACAACGGGCUGUCAGACAAGCUGAACCUGCUCCUGCAGCCGUAUCAGCUCACCAUCACCGGCAGGCACUGCUCCAAAGCCGUGCUGUACCAUCUGGAAGCCAUCAUGAACCAAUCGCUGUACCAGGACUUCGAGAACUGCACGUUCCAGAAGAACGGGGCGCCCAGGUGGCUCGACCCCAAGCAGGACCGGCAGGAGAGCUUCGCGUCCUUCGCCGCGCUGCGCAACCUGAGCUGGAACGAGGUGCUGAGGAAGGGCACCCGGUACUACAGCGAGGACCUGAGCCGAUUCUGCGACCAGAAGAUGAGCUGCGUCGUGGCCACGCUGAGCUGGUCGUGGCCGUGGCCCGAGCAGCUGCUGCAGUGCUUCUUCAUCGCCACCAAGUGCGUCUGGCUGCUCCACCUGCUGGCCUUCUCCUUCAGCCCACCGCUGUCGAUCUUGCGGGUCGAAGAGAACAGAGCCUUCGAUCAGAUGUACAUGGAAGACAUACUGCCUGACAAGCAACAGGUUCAGAAUCCAUGGAGAGUAAAGGUCAUGGUGAUGCCGGGGUUCUAUGUGCAAGAUCGAGUGCUCAAGUGCAGGGUUCUCACAACUAGAUCAGUAGCAUAGAUAUCUCUCAUGUUCUUUGUGUAAGCUAGUGUAGUUCAAGGGUAACAUUUUCUUUCUCCUUGUUCAGCCCAGAGGUACAGAGAUUAAUGUCAGAGUGGUGAUCCAUAUGUUUGUGGGUGAAUUUGGAAGUUGGAACAAGUAAUUGAACAAUCAAGUGCAUAACAAGAGAGCAGAUGAAUGACACCCCGUAGGAAGUACUCCUUUUAUUUAGAAAAAAAAUCAAAAUA